AUGACUAAACUAACUGCUGCUGAUCGCAGGCUAACUGCAAACAUUGACUUUCUCAAACGUCUUCACAAGACGAAAAAUACGAAGCGAAUUCUGAAGAAGGCUUCUUGCACUCAACUGGGAUGCCUUAUCGAAUCUAUGCACAACGUUAACGCUGGUAAUGUGCCUCUGCACAAGUAUGAAGUCAAGAAGCUGAAACGUCAUCUUGGGACUAUCGACGCGUUGUCACUGAAGAAUCAACCGGAGCUGAUGGAGUUGCUGCUUUGGAAUCUGCUGCCGAGAAGUUAUGGUUAUCAACAUUUCGUCGAGGAUGCGUUCGAGGAUUGCGAGUUUGAGCAGCUCCGUAGAAUGAGCAACGCCUAUGAUCUGAAUGGAGGGGAAGCCGAUUAUUGGGCUCAACCUGUGGAGCAAAAGUACUUUGUUCCAACUUCCCCCGUAUUUCCAUUGACCUAUGAUCCCCAUGCAGCAGUUUUUCACCCAUACGCAAAGCAAGCCCCGGAAUCGAAAGAAGGCGAGGCACUUUUAAAAGCCCGGAAGCGUGAGUCAGAUCUCCGCUACAGGCAGAACAUAAAAAAUGAAGAUAUGGCAUGCAGAAACCUCAUAGAACAGCUAGCCUCGCAGCAGAUUUAUGAGGAAUAUUGGACCCCGUUUAAAGCACUACUAGCAGCGCAAGAGUUGUCAAAAUUUGCGACACUGGACUUGCGGCAUGGGCAGCGCACGACCCGAUAUCAAAAUUCGGUUGCACGGAUUGUUCAA